AUGUCAGAUUUAGAUUCAUCUGUUACACAUAUUGUGUAUCUGAACAAUUCAAAGCAAGAUCCUGUACUGCCUGUUAAUAAAAAUUGUUUCCAGAUAUCUGCAUCAUGGAUUUGGCAGAGUAUAAAAAAGUCGGUGUGUUUACCAGAAUCACAAUUUAAGAUAAUAAAACAACGUGUAUGCCAGACUUCAGAUGACAAUACAUGUCACUCUUAAAAAAAGAAUAACAAAUCACCUUUGGUCUUGUAUAAUUACCACUAUUAUUAUUUAUAUAUAUACUGUUUUGUAUACAGAACACUGUUCAACCUUGAGAUUAUUUAAAUAUACAUAUUUUUUAUAUCA